AUGAUGAAUAUAUUUAAGCGUAAAAAUUAUAAGGAAAACGGUGCUUAUCCUUCUGAGAGUUCGAAAAGAGAUGAAGAGGAAAAAAAAAAAAAAAAAAAAAGUAGAAUAAAAGAUUUAUUUAAGUAUAUAAAGUACAUAUUAGCUAAUAAAGUUAAAACAAAAUAUAAGUAUUCCUUUUUUGUUGGAUUAUUUAUUACUUUUUUAAUUUUUAGCGGUUUUUUUCAGUUUCUUCUCGAAUUUUUUCACACUCACUUUUACAAUAUAAAAUAUAUUGACGUGUCAGACACAGAAAAAUUAAAAGAAAUAUUUUUUAGUAACAAACCUUAUUUAGUAUAUUGUAAAAAUGAUAAGCAAGAAAAUAUACACUCAGUUAUUAACUCAAACAUAUCAAAUUUUCCAAGCAUUUUGAAUAUAGCUAUUAUUAAUUGUAAAAGCAAAUUACCAAGUAACCAAAAUGUGUAUGAACGUUUUAAGUUAAGUGAAAGAACUCAAGCUUUUAUUAUUUGUUAUGGUAGAAAACCUAAACCAAUUACUUUGGAUUUAUUAAAUAGUAAAAAAAAAUUCAUAACAUUUGUACGUGAUGCAUUAGUAUUUUCAGUUCCAUUUUUUAGUAAAUUUCCUCAGUUCCAGACAAAAUGUUUAAAUAAAAAUAAAAAAUGUGUACUAUUUAUUAGUAGAAAUCAUAUGACUAACAGAAGUAAUAAAUAUAAUUACAUUAAUGAUAUUUUUGUUAAUAAUAAAUAUUUUGAUAUUAACCCAAUGAUCAUUGACCACAAGAAAUUUUUAUUGAAGUUAAAUGAUGAAAUUUUUACAUCUUACAACAAAAAUAGAGAUAUUCAUGUUUUUUGCCUUUUCAAUCAUACUGAGGGACAGACUAGUGAAUACUAUGGUUAUUUUUAUAAAGAAAAUUUUGAUGAUUUUAAGAAAUUGUCAUCUUUUGUUUCAGGGUGUAUAAAAGCGGACAACAAAAGUAGUGAAGUCAUAAAGCUUUCAAGCGUUCCUCAAAUAAAGUAUAGAACAAGUAAAAAAAAAAAUAACAAAAGAUAA